ACACUUCACCAGUAUUUACAUAUUGCCCUCAUUCCUCUCCAACAUUGAAAUGCUUUACAUUGAAGUUCAUUCAACAUAAACUCGAUAAAAACUGUAUCUCUGUACCGUUACGUGCAGGCUUUCAUUUAAGUAUUUGAUGUCCUAGCAAGUGUUUGUGUUAUUUUUAAAUUAAUUCCUUUUAAGAUGAAACCUAAAUCCGGUUUAACAAGAUUCCAUAACUGCAAUAUCCUUCGUGGUGGAAAAAUCAUCAAGGAAGAUUUAUGGAUACGUGACGGUAAAAUAGUAAACCCGGAGCAAGUAUUUUACGUAGAACAAGCAGAAGCCGAUAUUGCCAUUGAUUGUGAUAAUUUACUGAUUACUCCAGGAUUUAUUGACAUACAAAUAAACGGUGGCUGGGGUAUUGACUUUUCAUUUGAUUAUGACAAUGUAGAACAAGGAGUUUACAAAGUAGCAAAAGAACUUCUGGCCCAUGGUGUCACAUCAUUCUGCCCGACAAUGGUGACAUCUGACAAAAAGAAAUAUGCUUCAAUUCUUCCUCGUAUCAAGAAGACUCCUGGUGGGAAACAUGGAGCAACAAUAUUGGGAGUUCAUCUUGAAGGACCCUUUAUAAGCUUAGAAAAGAAAGGUGCACAUUCUGAUGACUACAUUAUUAAUCCGUAUAAGGGAUUAGAAUCACUCUAUGAUAUCUAUGGCUCCUUAAAUAAUGUUAUCAUAGUUACCCUAGCUCCAGAACUACCGGGAGCUUUAGAUGCAAUCAAGGGACUUACAAGUCUUGGAAUCAAAGUCGCUCUUGGCCAUUCCACAGCUAAUCUAGCCGAUGGUGAAAAAGCUGUUAAAUGUGGAGCCAAUUUGAUAACACAUUUGUUCAAUGCAAUGCUUCCAUUCCAUCACCGUGACCCUGGUCUUGUUGGACUUCUUGCUACUACAACUGAGAAGCAAGUGUUUUACGGUAUCAUAUCUGAUGGCAUUCACACUCAUCCAGCGGCGCUUCGUAUAGCGUGCAGAACUAACUCAGAUGGUUUAAUUCUGGUUAGUGACGCGGUGGCAGCUCAGGGGUUGCCCGACGGCACUUACUCCAUCGGGCCUAUGUCUGUUAGCGUUGAGAACGGUCGCGCGUACGUAGUCGGCACCAAAACUCUAUGUGGUAGCACUAGCGCCCUCGACGAGUGCAUUAUUAAAUUUAAGGAAGCUACAGAUUGUUCCCUAGAAUAUGCGCUAGAGACGGCUUCGUUACAUCCAGCCAAAGCUCUCGGUAUUGAACAUAUCAAAGGCAACUUAAACUACGGCUGUGACGCAGAUUUUGUUAUAAUGGACCCUAAAACUGUCAAAGUACUAUCGACUUGGAUAGCAGGGGAAUGCGUUUACACUGCACCUAAAUGAUUUAAGUAUAUUUUUUCAAUUAAAUAAACUUAAAAGUGCUUUAUUACAAAUAAAUAGAUAAAAUCUAUUUAAGACAUAAAUAUGUGAUUAUGCUGCUGAGAUAUACUUAAA